AUGGUCCCCCCGACAGCUUCGGAUGCUUCCGUUCCAGAUGCUCCGUCACUACCCGACGGCAUGGCACUGACUCACCUGCUCGGUUGUGCCGCAGGCAAAUCGUCAGCUUUGCACCAAGGUAGCUUCCUGGAUACCCCCGACGGCUGGCUCUCUGAGCCGGUGAUCCCUGCGGCAAUCGCAGGAUAUUCGCAAGGCUGUGUGGCCUUCCAAGAAACCCUGACAGGACCCGAUGAGUUUUGGGGGCCGGUAGCUCUGGCUGUGGCUGCAGCUGCUUUUGUGGGAGCCAACCGUCGAGGCGAUUCAGGCGGCGACGGCGGCGUAUCUGCAGCGUCCACGCCAAAGAAAGUGUGGCGAAAAGCCGAACUGCAGCAGUUUGAUGGCAGUUCUGGUGAUGUAAUUCUUCUGGCAGCUGAUGGCUUGGUUUUUGACGUCUCUUCGGCCAGGAAGCUUUAUGGCCCUGGCGGGAGAUAUGCGGUGUUGGCCGGAAGGGAUGCGACCCGGUUUUUGGGCAAGAACUCACUGGAGGAGGAAUCAGUGGAGUUACGGUCGCAGCCAUUAAAUAUGGCAGAGAAGGCAUUUCUUUCAGCUUGGGUGAUGUCAUUCAAGAGCAAGUACCCCAUCGUUGGAAACCUCGAGGAAGAGGAGUGGGAUGUCUCCCCAGCCUCCCUGCUGCGUGCAGCUGAGCUUGGCGAUGCUGAUGAGCUGCGGAGACAACUGGGAAAGGGAGCGGAUGUGGCUUUGUCGGAUGCUGAUGGUCUGCAAGGCCUUCACUGGGCAGCGCGUCAGGGGCAGACAGCAGCUCUGCAAGUUUUGUUGGAGGCAGGCGCCAACGCUGAAGGUCGAGAUUUGAAGGGUCGAAGUGCUUUGCACUGGGCAGCAACCUUUGGACAUUUGGCGGCAUCAGAGGUGUUGCUGGAGAAGAUCCCAGUAGAGGCAUCCGCUGCCGACCAUUGGUUGCCACUGCACUUCGCGGCGCAAAACGGCCAUGUUGAGGUUGUGCAGGCUCUCCUCAAAAAAGGUGCUGAUGUGAACAGGGCGUCCAAAGCAGGGGUCACCGCUCUCAUGGGCGCAGCACGUGGCGGGCAUCGACAAGUCGUGGAAGUCCUGCUGGCCGCAGGAGCAGAUCAAGGUGCUGCAGUAAACGGAAAGACUGCUCAGACAUGGGCAGAAAAUCAAGGCUUGAAUGAGAUUGCGGAGCUCAUUGCAUCCUAUGGGGCUGACAAUGAGAGAAGACAACCGUGA